CACUGUACAAAAGCAUCCGAGAUGAUUGCUUCUCGGCCAUUCCCCGCCACUAAUCUCUCCUUCUCGCCCAAAAUCCAAUUUUUAUUCUGUUCCGGACCGAAGCGAGGACGUACCGUUGCUUGGCUUGGAGUGGUGAGCGUGUGAGUGGCAUGUCGACGGCGGCGGGGCCGGUGGCGGCGGCGGCGGUGGCUCAGCGUGGUGGGGGGUGCUGCAGCUCCGGCGUGACGCUGGAGCUCGUCGGGGCGUUCACGGCGGUGUGCCUGGUGCUGUACGGGGUGAUACUGUACUUCAAUUACCUGUACGUGCGGUGGAGCGGGCGCGACGGCGUGCACAGGACUGAGGGUGGCGGCGCCCCGGGGGCCGGGGCCGGGGCAGGCGGUGGCGCGGCGAGGAAGAGGGGCGGCGGAGGCGGGCUCGACAAGGCGGCGCUGGCGGCCAUUCCGGUGUUCAGGUUCAAGGCGGCGGCGUGCGGGCACGACGCCGACGCGGAGUGCGCGGUGUGCCUGAGCGCCAUGCAGGACGGCGACGCGGUGCGCGCGCUGCCCGGGUGCGGCCACGCGUUCCACGCCGGGUGCGUCGACGCCUGGCUCCGCGCCCACGGCACCUGCCCCGUCUGCCGCGCGCGCCCCGCCGUGCCGCCGCCGCGGCCGCCCCCGCCGGCGAAGAAGCCCGGCGCGAAGACAGCUGAGCCGGCCGCC